AUGACCCCUUCAUCAAAAGAGGAAGGGUCACAAUUUGUGGAUGCCGAGAGUUCAGAUAACGAAUUAAAUUCAAAAUCUACAAACAACAUGACAAUGGCAUCUUCAUCUAAAUCAAUGGAGACAGAUAUUUCAACUAAACCAACUCCAACUUCAACGACAUUACCAAUAACAAUAUCACCAAAUAAAAAUAAUUAUUUUAAUAAUAAUAACAACAAUAUUUUAAAUAAUAGUAAUAAUAGUUUUUUAAAUUCAAAAUAUAGUGGUGGUAGUAAUAGCAAUUUACUAUCAGAGUUUGAUGAUAAAGAAGAAAAUACUAUAACAACAAUAAUAUCGAACUCAAUUGAACAAAGUUUAAAAAAUCAAAGAAAUUUAAAUAAUAGUAGUGAUAAAAAGCCACAAUCAGUUUUUCAAGAUGGCAAUAAAGAAUUUACAUCAAUUUCAAGAUCAAACUCCACCGAACCAGAAUUUGAUACAACAAAUUUAAAAUCAAUUUUAGAGGGUUUAAAUAGAAAUUUAAAUAAUUCAAAUAUUUUUUAUUUUUUUCCAAGAGAUCAAUUUUAUAAUUUUAUUUGUAUAUAUAAAGGUUGUCAUAAACCUAUAAGAUCAAGAUCUUUUGAACAAUAUAUAUUUCAUUUAAAAGUUCACGAGAAUAACAAUCAUAUUUUAUUAGAUCAUAUGCUGAAUAAUGAAGGAAAUCAUUGUUCAAACGAUAAUGAGUUUUCAUUAGAGAACGGUGAACAAGCUGUAGAAGAGGCAAUGUCUUUUAUACAUGAUUCAACUAAAAAGCUUGAAGCUUUAUUUACAAAUUUCGAACAACAACAAGAAGCAAUAGUCAAAACAAUAAUACCAUUUAACGAAACAACUACUAAAAAGAGAAGACCAGAAAGAUAUCAACAGCAAUUACCAGCACAGCAACAACAACAACAACAACAACAACAACAAAAUAUAAAUAGAAUGGAUGAAGAUGAUGGUAUCGACGUUUCAUUCGAUAGUUUUGCUAUAAGAUCAGGGGACAGUGUGCCUUUGUUCCCAAAGAAUAAAAAUAGAAUACAACCACAACCAAUUCCACAACAACAACAAUCAUUAUUUAAUAGUAAAUCAUCGGCAUCAUCAUCCCCCUCAAUACCAAAUUCACCACCAUUAAAUAGCAGUCUUUUAACUCAACAAAUGCCACUUCAACAAACAUCAUCACCACAACAAAUGCCAAUACCAACACACUCUUCACUUUUUUCAUACUCUCCACAACAACAAUCCCAACCUCAACAACAAAUGUUAUCUCAAGACUAUGGCCAAGUUUAUCCAUCUAGUUAUCCACCACCAUCAUCCCACCAUUUUAAUAAACAAUCCCAACCAAUAUUGGCCAGCAGCAUUCCUACCACAGGCCCAUCACAAUUACCAUACUACCAAAGUUCAGCACCAGAGGAUGAAAAAGCAUAUGCUACACCAACCAGAUACUCAUCAAGAGGUGUUCAACUAAGAGAGCAAAUGAUAAAACACGUAGCUAAGCAUGAAAAAGUAGGUGACGUUAUUAAACCUGAACUAUAUCAUCUUAGUAAUUUAUAUCAAAGCCAAAUACAAAAUCCAAAUCAACCACAAUCACCUCAAACUCCACUCUUAACACCCCAACAACAGCAACAACUUCAAUUACAUAAUCAACAACAACAACAACAACAACAACAGCAACUCCAGCAACAACCAAUGAGCAUUACCAGCCCACCAACGAGUUUUAAAAAUCUUCAUGAAGACACCGAUAUGUAUGGUGUUAACCAAGAAGUUGAUUCCCAUGAUGCCAGAUAUAACUAUCAUUUAUCACCAAGAGGUCAACAACAACAACAACAGCAACCACAUCCAUUUAUAAACACCAAUAAUAGCAAUAGUAACCCAUCAACAUCACCACCAACAUCAACCAACUCAACACCAUCUUUUUACUCACAACAACAAAGACAAUCAAGUAUACCGCAACCAAAUGGCGAAAUAAUACCAUCUGCACCUACAUCACCACUUUCAAUUUCGGCCAACAGCAGUGCAGGUAAUAACAAUACCAACACAAAUAAUCCAAGUGCCAAUAACACCAAUAACACCAACAACACUAACAACACCAACAACACCAACAACACCAAUAGCACCAAUAGCACUAAUAACAUCAAUCCAUAUUCAAACGAAAUUAAUUGGGUUUUUAAAAGAAUUAAUAAAUCUUAA